AUGCGGGUGUGGGAGUUUGCUGCUUGUGUGCCAGGUUGCCCUUUCCCCUGUCAUCUGGUAAAGAAUUUUCCAGAAACAGUAUUCCAGAAAAUUCCACAAUCAGCACACAAUGUGAGACAAAAUUCCAGCAUCCUUAACCAUGGACUUCGACAGUCCAUCUCAUUGAAUACCAAUCUUCAGGACUGCUACAUGGUCUCUGAUAUCAAUGCAGUCAGAAUGGGUGCAAAGCAGACCAGCAAGGCCCCAGCACCAGGUACUACAUACACCAAUCGACUAAAGAAAAGGAUGAUAGGUAUGGAAGAACCUUUGCCUUCACUUUUGGCAAGGUUAGCCACUGGGCAAAAAACUCCCCUUGCCUCGACUGCUGACAGUGUGCUGUUCAAACUGGACAAUCAGGACACAAAAGAAAGUGCCAAACUUUGUCAAGACAAACUCCCAAGUUUGAACUCUGACGCCUCUGCUUUCUUCCUGGCAUUGAGUAAAAAAAGUUCAAAGGAAAAAAGUAACAGCCAAGAUCAUGAGGAUAGACACGCCAAACAUGCAGCCGCUUCUCAAGUGUUGUCCAGGGACAGUGGGACGAUAGCCUGGAAGCACCGGGCAUUGCUUCCUGGAACCCAAGAGGGACAGCAGCUGGAGGACAUGCCAACCAUCCAUGGCAUCCCUAUCCAGGGUUACCAGGCUCUGUACCAUGCUGUGGUGUAACCCAUGUUGUGAGAGUCUUCUGAAACGCCCAAGAGGUAGAGAUUGGAGCUAGGCAGAGCCAUUAAACAAAGGUUCUGGGAAGCUUUUUGGAGUCAGCUGCCACCAGGAGUGCACAGAGGAACCUGGAGCUGGGCAGGGAGUAUAGCUGCUGUCCCUGAGAAAUGGCCCAAGCUAAGGAAAAAAAAAAAAUAA